AUGAAUCUAUCAGUAAGUCGAACCGUCCUUUCCUUUUCCGACAACGGCAAAACUGCCAAUUUGCCACUGGCGCCUCCAACAAAUUGUGUAAAGAAAAAAGACAAGAAAAGGUACCGAAAAGCGAAACCGAUGAGAGAAAAAAAGCAGAAAAGUAGGUGUUCGGUGUGUGCGAGAGGAAGAGACGAAAAAAAAGUAAGAGAAAGACAGCUUCUUCAAUCAGAAUCGUUUUCUUUUGUAUGUGUCUGUAUUUGGCUGAAAUUGGCUGUUUCCAUCUGA